GAUAGGAGGUCAAUCUAUCCGGUUCCUUGGGAACAUAAAUCUGGCACGGUUGUUCAUUUAAUUACUUUCUCAACAGGAAAUCAAUUACAGCAAAGCCGCGAUGUUUUUGGAUAGCAAAUACGUCGUGCCGAGCUCUGCGGGACUGCCUCUCUCACUGUCUGCCACUGGGGCCGCCUCAAUAAACAUCAAAUUAUACGGUUCUCUGGCAUCUGCGGGAUUUUCCAAAGACAAGGAGCUUCAGGUGGACCUGUCUGCGGAAAUAGAACCGACUGUGUCAGUUGACGUGACAGGAGAAAUGUCAGUUGACGCAUUCUAUGCAGGGACUGGUAUCAAACUGAAGGCCAACAUGUUCACAGAUAGUGCAGUGAAGGCAGACAUCAAGGUCAGAGGUAACAGAUUGGCCAGUUUGAAGUUCAGCCUACCAAGGGAGACUAACGAAAUAUUUUCUGCCAGGUAG